AUGCCGCCUGUAAAGAAAAAUCUCAAAAAUGGGUUCAACUUCUACAUGGACGACUUCAUACCUCAACUGAGAGAACAGGGCAUUCGAAUCAAUCACAAACAAGAGGCAGUUCCAUAUUUACUAGCUGAUUGGAAGGCGCUCAGCAAAGCUGAAAAGAAGCCGUACGAGGACAGAGCAGAGGAGUGGAAGAUCGCGACGCACGGAAGAAACGCCCGUCCUGACCACGAAAAACUCAAUUGUUUCGGACUUCCAGUCGUGAACCACGUCGACUACGACGAAGAAACGAAGAAAAACGACGCAAUAUCGAGUCAGGUGACGAGCGAGUAUGUGGAUUCGUUUCUCUACGAAGGCAGUGAAUUGCUCUUCAUUCACUUCCAGAGUCAAUUUGACGAUCCCGACGAGCAGGGUUUCCGUCCAAUGGAAAUGUGCAUCAUGAGUUAUUCCUUGCAGCACGGAAUAGUCAACUUCUAUCACGAAAUAAUCGACCCUGGUCCUCCACCUCUCGGCAUGAUGGCGGAAUGUCGGCAACACGCGACUCAAACGCAUCACAUCGACCCGUUCAAUCCAGUCAACGGGGACGAAGUGGCUAAACUCAUCAACGAUUACGGCAUCAGCGGAAUUUGGUGCAAACUCGUCGAUUUUCUCCACGAGAGUCAGAUUAAAUCUGACGACGAUAUUUUGUACCUCCAAGAUGACCAGGAGAAUCUUUUGAUGAAUACGUUCUGCGUCGAGGAGCAAAAAGGAAGAUCGGAGUAUUGUACUCAGUGGCUUCAGACGCACGAAUCGGUUUACACCGAUCUCUCCCAAAACUCGCCCGAAAACGAAAAGUAUUUCACAACGCGGCUUCCCAUGCCGAUCGACUUCUUCGAGAUCAUCAAGAAUCUUUACCGGCGAAGAAAUGAAGAGAACCCCGGAAAUCCGCAUGAAAUACCGACUCGCGAAAAAAUCCGAGAAAUGUUCGACAAACCUCUUUUCUCGCGAAACCAAAUUCGCUGCGAUUUUCAUCACGACAUCGACUGCGAUUACUGCAGCCAAAUGGACUGUUACCGGACUGCGUAUUUACUGACGGAUCAUCUGAAGCAUCUUGGAUAUUUGGACGGAAUCGAAGACCUGAGCAAUCACGAACCAGAGUCGAAACUGAGCAAGGCGCGCUGUCAAUUUACGACAUUCAAGCAUGAGCCAACACAGCAGGCAAUCAACUACGAGAGGAGGCAACAGCAGCGCCAGACUGACAUGCUGAACACGGGAGUGCCCAGUCGGCAUCAGCAAAGAAUUCAAGCUCUACCGGAUGUUCAGCUACGAGGAGCGACGCCUACCAAUAGGCAACCAUCUCCGCUAGUUCAGAACUUAGCUGGAGAAUCUGUAAACGAUCAGAAAGCAAACUGGAGGAAUCAGAAUGAGCAUGCUGCGGCGUACAACGCAAAUGAAUAUGAUGAGAGUAGUACUCAGUAUUAUGAAAAUAGCGAAAGCAAUCAUCAGCAUUAUGAUUACGAUUAUGAUGGAAAUUAUGAAGAAGUUGAGGUUGAUGAUUUUCAAUCAGGGAAUCAUCAUGUUAAUCAUCAUCAACAACAGCAAGGAGAGUAUUAUGAGAAUGGAGAGGAGCGCUAUCAAGAAUAUGAUGAUGCUGAAAAUUACGGAGGACAAGAGGAGAGUCAGUACACUAAUGGAAAUCACGACUUUCAAUCGAAUCAUCAUCAGGAAGAGAAUGAAGGAGAAUAUUACGAGAAUGAGCAUUAUCAAAAUUAUGACCAUGAAAAUCCGAAUUACGAAGAAAGUGAAAGCCAGUACUAUCAGCCAGAGACUCAAGCGGAAAAGUACUACGAGGAAGAAGAAAACUACGAGAAUGAAAACGAACACUUUGCUUAUGAAGAUCGAAAUCGAGCUGGAUUCGACCAGAUUCCAGAUUACGGCAGUUCAAAGUUCAAUACGAGCUUUUCGUCGGACGAGAUCUACAAUGGCACUCAACAUAGUAUGAUACCAAGCAGAAAGAAUACCUCCAAAAUAAAGCGUGAAUCCGACGGCACUGAUCACCAGUCUUAUUCUCGACUUGAAUCCUCUGUCACCAAUUUGCAGUCGAAUUUCAGCGAGCGAUACGAAGAUCCUACCGACGAACAGCUGGGUCCAAAUGGCGACUACAAUUCCAAUCAAAGAAAUUCAGAAUUCCAAAAUAGAGAAAGCGAAAAGGGCAUAGAAAGAAAAUCAUAUCGACCAAGGGGUCUGUCUACAUCAUCAUCCUCAUCGAGUAACUGGAUAAUAAGGCAUCCAUCUGGCGGUGGCCGAGCAAGACUGCGACUAGAAGACACAGAAAGACUGAUCCGAAUCGAGGAAAACAAGACCUGCAAACCUCAUCACGCAUUUCAAUUGGCCGUGGACGGGGUCGAAGAACUCGUUCUACCAACUAUUGACCAAAUUCUACACUCACACCUCUCCUUCACUUAUAUUUCACUGCUGCACUUACACAGACAAAUACACUGUCAAUUAUCUACUCUUUUGCUCAAUUUUAAAAAGGCAAUUUUGAAGAUGAAGCGAAAUCGUCGCGACGUAAGAAUCCUGGAUGAUUUCGCUCGGCAGAAACGAACGGAUAAGUUCGUGGAAAGUCUCGAUCGCGACAAUUUUCAAGGCGACAGGGAAGGCGUUCUAGCGCAAAUGUACGAGCAACUGGACAAGGAACGAGCGAUGAGAGCUGCUGAACGAAAAGAGGCAGGGGGUCCAAUGAUAAAACGACCGAGGCUGGAGAGCAAGAAGAAGACGAAAACAAUCAGAGGCGAUCAUUUCAAAACGAGAUUCCGAAAGACUUUUGAAAUUCUCAUGGCCGAGGAAGAGCAGCGAAUAAAAAUGGCAGAGGAGGAAAAUAAGGAACAGGAAGUCGAGGAGAAGCCCGAAGAGGGAGCCGAAAAUCCCGAAACUAAAAAGGAAGGUAAGAAGAAAAAGAAGAAGCCAAAGAAAGACGAAGGAACAGCGUGGUGGGAAUGGGCGCUCAUCUUCGCCGUCUUGAGCUACAAGUGCUACACUCCACUGCCAGAGAACAUCGAAGACCGCUACCCUCGCAGUGCUGGCCUUUUCUUCGGAAAAGCGAUCUACAAAGUCGGCCACUACAUCCGAAUCAUUUCCCCGUCUACUGAAGUUGCGUACCUCAGAUCGGCAUUUUCCGGCAUUGCCUCUCUUCAUCAGGACGUCGAAGGCGUAACUAACGAUUUCAUCGAACGAAACAACUACAAUCUCUACACUUUCACUCCACCAAACGCCAAGUCUUCAGGUAACCCUGCGAUCUUCUACAUCUACGGAAACGGUUGGAGUUUUGCUGACGUCGAGUACUACAGAACUUACCUCCAGAACUUGGCCAAAGAAACUGGAUCAGUUGUUAUCAGUCCAAACUACCGCCAAGCGCCAGAGAACGCGUUUCCUGCGCCCUUUGAAGAUUGCCUUGACGCCGCGACUUACGUUUUUGCCAAUGCCGAUGCUUUGAAAAUCAACCCGAAUAAUGUCGUUCUUUCUGGAGAUGGAACUGGCGCUGCCAUGGCUUUGUCUGUUUCGCUGACUAUGGAGAAGAAAUUGUUCAAAACCGUCUCGGUGCAAAACCCAGCCACUCAAACGCUUCUCUGGACGCUUCCCUCGCACUCUUUGAGCCGUUACUUUGGCCUUUCUGAAGUUCAAACAGCUUGGUACUGGUCCAUGUACGUCAACGGCGAGAACAGUCAAAAGCACCGAGAAUUCGUAAAGGGCGCGGCUUAUCUUCAAGCCAAGAAAAAGCACAAGACCCAGUUCGCCUUGGCCGACCCCUUCAAAUACUUCGACGAGGGAUCCUUCAAAAACCCAGACGGUAAGAACUGGAAUCCUCCAGCUGGCGACUUCAUGGCACAAGAAAUUCCCGAUUGGAUGCCAACGACUGCUUCAAAAUUGGUCGACUACCGCGCCGCUCCUCUCUUCGCAUCUGAUGCGCUUGUCCAGCAAGCUCAAGAAACACACUUCUUCUUCGCCGGAUACGAUCCCCUCAAGGACGAAGGUCUCAUGUUCGCCGAGCGACUCAAAAGCGCCGGAGUGAAGGUUCACAUCAACGAACAACAAACUGCCUUCCACGCUGACUUUGUCUGGUCAAAAUACUUCAGUGGAUACGAUCUGAAAAUGCCCUCUGCAGAUGCCCAUGCUGAGGAGUAUUUUAAGCAUCUCAAAUCACUUCUCAACUAA